GCAGCACUGGAUGGAAGGUUGGAUUGAGCGCUUCUCUUCUUCUCCCUCUCCUCUCCCUCGUUCUUUUUUACCGGGACAGCACGAGACUGGAACGGGACACGAACGGGACCUGAGGCAGCGAAAAGAAGAGCCAGGGGACACUGAGGAAUAGAAGACCCUGGACACAGAAUAUCAGCAGAACAGUUAAAGACUGUGGAAGUAAAGGACAGUGGACACCUGCCAGUCAAGACUUAAAGAGACCGCAGCUCUCUCUCCCCAUCUUUUGAUCUCUUCUCUUUAUUUCUCUCUCAAUCCCGCUCCCUCUCUAAUGGGAGUAACUUAGAACACGCUGUUCCAUCUCACGCCCCCGCCCCCUCCCUGUGUUUCUGUGGUGAUGGAAGCGCCCAGCAGGAAGUGAUGUCGUGGAAGAGGAACUACUUUGCGUCGGGCGGUGGCAGCGGAAGUCCCGGUGGAGGGCUACAGGGCCUGAUCACGACCCCGCGGACUAUGGCCUCCUUCGCCCCGAGUAAAGGCCUGAGCAAUGAACCUGGACAGAACAGCUGCUUUUUAAACAGCGCCCUGCAGGUUCUGUGGCAUCUGGAUAUCUUCCGUAGAAGUUUCCGCCAGCUGACCACUCACAAGUGUAUGGAAGACUCUUGCAUCUUCUGUGCCCUCAAGAGUAUCUUUGCCCAGUUCCAGUUCAGCAGUGAGCGUGUGUUACCGUCGGACGUGUUGCGGAGUGCGCUGGCCAAGACCUUCCAGGACGAACAGCGUUUCCAGCUGGGGAUCAUGGACGACGCAGCAGAAUGCUUCGAGAACCUACUGAUGCGUAUCCAUUUCCACAUCAGCGCCGAGACCAGGGAGGACAUCUGUACAGCCAAACACUGUAUACCACACCAGAAGUUUGCCAUGACGCUGUUCGAACAGUGUGUGUGUAAUAUUUGUGGAGCCACGUCAGACCCUCUCCCCUUCAUUCAGAUGGUUCACUAUAUCUCUACCACGUCCCUCUGGGCUGAGGACGUCAUUCACAGCCUGGGCACCUGUCUACGCCUGGGGGAUUUGUUCUACCGUGUGACAGAGGAGCGGGCUCGUCAGGCUGAGCUGUACCUGGUUGGUAUGGUGUGUUACUAUGGUAAACACUACUCCACAUUCUUCUUCCAGACUAAGAUUCGCAAGUGGAUGUACUUUGACGACGCCCACGUCAAAGAGAUCGGUCCUAAGUGGAAGGACGUGGUGGCGCGGUGUAUAAAGGGUCACUACCAGCCUCUACUGCUGCUCUAUGCUGACCCCCGGGGGACGCCGGUGGUAUCGCAGGACAACCCCUCCUUCUCUAACCCCCAGCUGGACCUGCUGCACUGCAGCAAGGCUGGCUAUGACAGCGAGGACUCUGGGCGGGAGCCCUCCAUAUCCAGUGAUACCCGUACAGAUUCUUCAGAUAGCUCCAGCCACCGAGCAUCUCGAAAUCGCCCUCUCCACCAGUCAACAGGCAGCCACCUGUCCAACGAAUCGCAGACCACAGUGGUCGGUAAACAUGACAACGGCACGCCCCUACACAGCGCAGACGCAACAGACUCAGUAACAGAGGCUCCCCCCCGCCCCCCCUCGCCUCAUCUAAGCUAUUAA